ACUGACAGUUGUCGUCUUUAUUUGAUGAAAUAUUUUGUUUAUUGUCAAUAAACUUCAUAAUUAAUUCCCUGUAAAGAAAAAUAUCGAGAUCGAGAUGAUGAAUCCGCAAUCUACUUAUGCAAUACAGAGCACAGCAGGUGCUGUGCCUGUGAGAAAUGAAAAAGGCGAAAUAUCUAUGCAAAAAGUAAAAGUACAUAGAUACGUAUCAGGAAAGAGACCAGAUUAUGCUCAAGAUGCGCGUUCAGACAGUGAUAGUGAUGAGGAUGACUUUUUGGAGCGAAGAAAUCAGAAUCCUCCUGCUCCUUCACCUGAACCGCAUAAAAGCGAUGAUGAACUCAAUGAUCCACGUUUAAGAAGAUUAAAGAUUGCAGAAACUGAUACAGAAGUGAGACCUGAAAGGCGAAGACAUAUUUUAGAACCUGAGGUAUUAGAAUCUUCAGAAGACGAGGAAACGGAAGAAAUUCAUUUAUCAGAGUACAAACAUACACUUGAAGCUGCUCCAGAUGAUGAUGAGUCUGAAGCAGAACUUAGUGACAAUGAAAUAGAAAAAAAAAGAGACCUUUUAAAACAGCGAAUGCUAAAUAAACAAGAAGAAGAAUUUAUGGUGAAAGAGGAAGAAAAAUUGGAAACUGAUUCUGAAGAAUCCUCAGAAUAUGAGGAAUACACAGAUUCUGAAGAAGAAACGGGCCCUAGAUUAAAACCUAUAUUUGUUAGGAAAAGGGAUAGGAUAACAAUUAUUGAGAAAGAAAAAGAAGCACAGAAACAGAAAAAACUUGAGGAGGAAACUCAGCGACAAGCAGAAGAAAGACGAAGGCAAACAUUACGAUUGGUAGAAGAAACUAUCAGAAAAGAACAGCAGGCAAAAGAUAAAGAAAAUAAUGAACCAAACAUUAACGAUGUAUGUACAGAUGAUGAAAAUGAUGAAGUCGAAUAUGAAGCCUGGAAACUAAGGGAACUAAAAAGAAUUAAAAGAGACAGAGAAGAAAGAGAAGCAUUGGAAAAAGAAAAAAUGGAAAUAGAAAGAUUAAGAAAUAUGACGGAGGAAGAUAGAAGAGUACAGCAAAGACUAAAUCCUAAACUUGUCACAAAUAAAGCAGUCAAGGGAAAAUACAAGUUUUUACAGAAAUAUUACCAUAGGGGAGCAUUUUAUCUUGAUAGAGAAGAUGACGUCUAUAAAAGAGAUUUUGCACAAGCUACGUUGGAAGAUCAUUUUGAUAAAACUAUUCUUCCCAAAGUUAUGCAAGUGAAAAACUUUGGUAGAUCAGGUAGAACAAAAUAUACCCAUUUGGUGGAUCAAGAUACCACACAGUUUGAUUCACCGUGGUCAACAGAAAAUGCACAGAAUUUAAAAUUCCACUCUCAACAAGCAGGUGGUAUAAAACCAGUUUUCGAUAAACCAUCACUGAAAAAGAGAAAGACACAAUAAUUUUCCUCGUUAUGUAAGAAUAAUGUAUUUAUGGGUAAAUGUAAUUAUAUUAAUAUUUUACAUUAAUACUAAUU